AACUGAACGUGUUAAAAAUCCAAAUAUCUCCACUUCUAUAAAUAAUGUUUUCAAUCUUCAAAGAAAAUCUUUGAUGAAAAACGUAAAACCUGGUGAUGAAGUUUUAUUUUCUUUUUUUCGUAAUUUUAAUGAUCAUCAAACUCCUAUGUUUCAAGUUUUUGUUGCUUAUAAGGAAGGUCAAAGACGUGAACAAAAAUUUUCUAUGAGAUGUCUUUUACCUUAUAAAACUUCUUUUAUAGCUUUAGGUAAUUAUACUACUAUUACCGGUCUUAAUUUGAUUUUUUCUACUUUACCUAUUCAUUUAAGAAUUAUUCAAAAUCUUAUAAAUGAGAUUUGGAUCAUUCCUGUAAAUGUUGGUGAAUUGGCUUUUCAAGGUGAUAUUACUGUCGAUGGAAAUCUUGCUUAUACUAUAAGAAAAGUUGGUCAUGCUAUUCAUAUCGUUUCUUUCGAUGAUGUUGGUGGCUUCGCAAGAAUUAAAAGUCCUGAUUCUAAUGGUGAUUUAUAUAUUUUAAGAUUACAUAAAGAAUCUUUAAGUACUCUUCACACUACUUUUGAAGAUUCUUAUUGGGCAAAAUCUAAUGAUUUUACUACCAUUCCUCAUUCUCCUUUAAUUGUCUCUUGGGGUACUCAAAAUGUUUAUUUUGAUCCCUCAAAUUCCUUAUUGGAAACUCAAUAUGGUGAUCAAGAACAUGAAAUCACUAUUUUAUCUUCAAAAGAACCUGCUGAUCAUGUUCGUUUUCAAUCUCAUCCUACUUAUCCUUUACCUUUUGUUUAUAAAAAACAAUUCACCGCUGGGGAAAAAACUUCGGAAGUACACUUGGUUCCUAAAUUAGUAAGAUGGAGUUAUCGUACUACAAAUUUUAAUGAUUUAGACUGGC